CAAUAAAACAGAGGUUUUGCAGUGGCUUAAAACCCUCAGUUUAGCCCCUGAGUUUCAUUUUACUCUUGAGGAGUUUAAGGAUCCAAUCGCUUAUAUUCAUCAAAUUGAAAAAGAGGCUUCUGUGUAUGGUAUAUGUAAAAUCAUACCCCCUGUCUCAUCGCCCUCGAUGAAAACCUCAUUUCUGCAACUUAACACUUCUUUAAUGGCCUGUUCUGCCUUGCCGAAAGGAGAAUUCACUACCCGGGUGCAGCAAGUUGGUUCUUGCCAAGGAAAAGGCCAUCCUGUGAUCAAGUCUGUGAGGGAGAGUAGGAAGAGUUACACUGUUUCGGAAUUUGAAGCAAAGGCUAAGUCUUUCGAGGGAAAUUAUUUCGAGAAAAGUUCAAUAGAUAAGGGGGCUUUAAGUCCUUUGGAAAUCGAAAGUCUUUAUUGGAAAGAUUAUUCAUAUAUGGCCUAAGGUUUCUCUUUAAUCAGCUAAGGACAUGAACAACUUAAAGUGCCAACCUAAGUCCAACAUUAAAGAGGAAGCGUAUGGAUUAUCAAAGAGAAAAAACUUGAAAAGUGUGGUGCGGUGGAAGGAAAUGAAAGAGAUUUUAAGGAAAUGAAGGAAGACAGUAAUGUUAAGAAGGGGAGUAAGUGGAGUGAGAUUGAGAAUGAAGGCAGUGAUCGUAAUUUGGAGGGUAUUAACCAGGUGUAAAUUGAAGAGAGAAACCCUGAAAAGCGUUGUGUUGUGGGAGGAAAUGAAUGUGCUUUUAAGAAAAUGAAGGAAGGGGGUAAUGAUAAGGAGGGGAGCAAGUGGAGUGAGAUUGAGAUUGAAGGCGGUGAUUUUGACUUGGAUGGUAUUAAAGAUGAGACGAAAAUCGAAGAGAGAAACCCCGAAAACCGUAGUUUGGUGGAAGAAAGUGAAGGUGAUUUUAAGCAAAUGAAGGACGGUGGUGAGUGUGGUGAUAGUGAGGAUGUCGAAGAAAGUUAUAAUCUUGAAGUAAAGAAUAAGAUGGCUGACAAGGGAAAAGAAGUGAUUGAGGACUAUUAAGCUGGUUGGGGUGAGAAUUGGGAUGAUGUUGCUGUACGAGCUAAAUCUAAAUAGGAGCAACUGUAUUUUGAUAACUAUGAAAAUAUGAGGCAUGUAAAUGAGCAGUAUGGGGAGGUGCCUCCUUGGGUAUUGGAAUGAAGAAGGGGAUGUAGUGGGGAGAAAUGGAAAGGCGCAGUAUGAUAAAGAACCUCACUGUUCCGGUAAUGCUGAAAAGGACUCCGUGGGGUUUAAUGAUGGAAAUUUUGGAAGUCGCCAUUAUCCUUUGAGGCCUUACACGGAAGAUUGUUCAUUUUAUAUGAGGACUGGGACUUGCAUGUUUGAUUCGAUAUGCAAAUUUAAUCAUCCACUUCAAAGAAAGCCCCGGGCUCCCAGGGAUACAUUUUAAGCAUAAAGAAGAAAUUUAUGAUAAGCCUAGACAGACAGAAUGCAAGUAUUACUUGUCACCAGGUGGUUGCAAAUACGGAAAAGCUUGUUGGUAUAUAUAGUCAUGGCAAAGGAAAAGAAUCCAAAUUUUGCAUAUGUAUACAGUCCGUAUUCAACCAAGAGGGAUAUUGUUACUAUCUGAUCAAAAAGUGGACGCAGAUAUAGAUCAGCCAUAUAGGAUCAGUUAUAAGGUUAUGAAGGGGGAGAAAGUAUGUUAUUUCUACAGGAGAACUGGUUCAUGCAAGUAUGGGGAAAACUGUAGGUUUCAUCAUCCGAAUCCUACAGCAGCAAGAGGACUUGGCACUACUUUACCAGGUAGAGGUAGGUCAUCAACAAGAGCAAUAAAUGAGACUGCUUUUUUCAGGCCAGUUAUCUAUCCGCCAUCCCCGUUCAUGCCAAUUAUCUAUCUGCCAACCCCAUUCAGGCGAAUUAUUUAUCCACCAACCCCAUCUGCUCCUGAAAAUGCAGAAUGGAAUGGAUAUCAGGGGGUUCUGCCUAUUCCCCCAGCACUUUCGAUGGCCAUUCCAGCAACUGGAUCCAGCUUCUAUGCACAUCCGCGAGGCCAGGUGAACGUAGAUGAAUAUCCUGAACGACCUGGACAGCCUGAUUGCAGUUCCUACUUGAGAACGGGGAAUUGCAAGUUCAGAUCUUCCUGCAGGUUCCACCACCCCGGAAAAUUGGAGACGGCUGUCAAGGACUGAUCAAGGCAGUACCUUAGAGUUUAUCUGCUUUGCAGAUGAGCAUGGGCAGGGGAAAACGGAGCUGAUGGGGUCUGCUUGAGUAUCAUACUGUAGUUUUAGAAACUCAUAUCGUAGUGAUUAAACUAGUACUUGCUAACUUUUUGUAUUUUACCAUAGGUUGAGCUUUUGACAUGAAAAC